CUUAGGUCUUUUUUUUUUUUUUUUCUUCCCGCAGCCUGACCAGAUCUCCGGUGAAGUUGCAGGCACAGACAUCGGCGCCACCACCGUCAUCACCUGGAAGUCUCCUUAAACGGACCCGAGGACAGGAAAUACACGCAGAUCGAGCCAUGAAGUGGACAAAGUGAGGACGUCCGAGUGUCUCCAUCCCUUGAUGAACGCGCGGACCCCGUGUGGAUUUCUCCCCUUUCACGGAUCUCCUCAUUGACCGAGCAUCUAGGAUCUGACUGAUGUGUGCGAUGUGGAGACUGCAGCUCUUCUCCUGGACUCUGUCGCUGCUCUGGUCUCUGUCGUUGGCUGCCGAGGGCAAAGCGCGCAGCUGUAGCGAAGUUCGACAGGCUUAUCACGCCAAAGGUUUCCCUCUUGCCGAUGUACCGCAUCAGGAAUUGUCAGGUGAACACCUGCGAGUCUGUCCUCAGGGAUACACCUGCUGCACGACCGACAUGGAGGACAAACUCAGCCAGCAAAGCAAAUUGGAGUUCGAGAACAUGGUGGAGGAGAGCAGCCGCAGUAUGAGGACAACGUUUGUCUCAGCACAUAAAAAGUUUGACGAGUUUUUCUUGGAGCUGCUGGACAAUUCGGAGAAGUCUUUCAGCAGCAUGUUUAAAAAGGCCUAUGGGAAACUGUACAGGCAGAACUCUGUGGUGUUCCAGGACCUGUUCACUGAGCUGAAACGCUACUACACAGGGGGCAAUGUCAACCUGGAGGAGAUGCUCAAUGACUUCUGGUCCCGGCUGCUGGAGCGCUUGUUUCAACUGCUCAACUCCCAGUACCACUUCACAGACGAUUACUUGGAGUGUGUCAGUAAAUACACGGAUCAAGUGAAGCCCUUUGGAGAUAUUCCCAGAAGAGUGAACUCCCAGGUCACAAGGGCCUUCGUAUCUGCUCGGACAUUUGUCCAAGGUCUUAUGGUUGGUCGGGAGGUUGCCAACAGAGUUGCCAAGGUGAAUGUAGUUCCAGCUUGCUUGCGGGCUCUGACAAGGAUGCUUUACUGUCCGUACUGUCGCAGCAUGCCGGGACUGAAGCCGUGUCCCAACUACUGUCAAAACGUGAUGAGGGGCUGCCUGGCAAACCAGGCCGACCUGGACACCGAAUGGAAUCUCUUCAUUGAUGCCAUGUUGCUGGUGGCAGACAGACUAGUGGGACCCUUUCACAUGGAAUCUGUGAUUGAGCCGAUGGAUGUCAAGAUUUCUGACGCAAUUAUGAACAUGCAGGAAAACAGCAUGCAAGUCUCUGCCAAGGUUUUCCAAGGAUGUGGCCAGCCCAAACCAGUGACGAUUGGCAGAUCAACACGCGGAAUAUCAGACGUUUUCAGCAGUCGGUUUCGACCGUACACACCCAAGGAGAGACCCACGACAGCCUCAGGAAUCAGCCUGGAGAGACUGAGGGUUGUCUGGAGGACAAUGCAACAAAGUGUGAUCGAGAUCAAACAGAAACUGAAGAAGUCCAAGAGGUUCUGGUCCAACUUGCCGGAUGACAUAUGCGCCAAGGGGAAGCUGGCAGAGUCAGACGAGGAGCAGUGCUGGAACAGCCACACGAAGGGCAGAUAUUUCCCUGAAGUGGUGAAAGAAGGACUCACCAACCAGGUGAACAACCCGGAGGUGGACGUGGACAUCACUCGGCCGGACAGUCUGAUACGACAGCAAAUCAUGGCGUUGCGCGUGAUGACAAAUAAGCUGAGGAACGCGUUCAACGGAAACGACAUCUACUUUCAAGACUCCAGUGAUGAAGGAAGCACCUCGGGCAGCGGCAGCGGCUGCAGUGAUGGAUGUACGACAGAAUUUGUUUAUGUCGGAACAGAAGCUCCCAUGAUCGGAGAUGACAGAAGCGGUGAACAUGUCGCAGGCGGGUCAUGCGCCGUCGGAUCAUGGCCGCCGCUUCUUCUCGCCGCCGCCCUUUCGCUAUUUGCAAUGCAGUUUGGAUGGAGAUAAUACAUAAGUGCGUUGUGGUCACUAUUUUUUUUAUACUGCUGCAUACAGUAUGGUCUGUGUAGAACCUUCUGAAAACCUUGUUAACAAUGGCUGACUGUGUUGUUGGACUGGAAGUGCUGCAUCCUGCUCGUCCCCCAAAGAAUGCUUGGAGCCGUCACUGAACCAGCUGCCACAUCUCUGGAAAAGAAAAGUAGCGCUUUUUCAUGGUUUUGAAGUUGCUUUUAAACCUGUCACUUUUUGGUGGUUAAAUCAUCCAGUGGCUCUGUGAAGAUCUUUGAGUUUUCUUUUUUUUUCUUGCCACAAAAUUGAAGUCAAACUGCUCAUCAUCCCCCCUUCAUUCAAAAAGAAAAAAAAGUGUGCAUGCGAGGAAGUGAUGCCGACCAAUUUCAGGUUUAUAGUCCAGAUGGCAGUUUUAGAUCGGCUGGUUUAUGAUCACAGAGUGCUUCACCUGGUUUCCAGAAUUAUCAUAUCAACAUGGCUUCAGAAAGAAACUUUCCAAAAGCCACCUGACGAUUACACAUUUGCCUAUCUCUUUUCAGCGCUGCACAAGGAGAUGUUUAUUUGCACAGCUUUCUCAUUUUGUCUUUGUGGAUCAUGAUUCUAUAGAAAAACUACAUCACUAAUACUAUAAAGAUCUAUAUUUUCAGAUAAUUUACCUGAUUGUAUUUUACCAAUACUUAUGGAGUCUAUUGUACUGUAGUACUACUGGCUUCAUCUGAUCACCUAAAAUACGAAUAACAAGCCAUGACAUGGUUCUGUUUGUUGAGUGACCCAAACUUCUAUCAACUCAUGUGCAACAAGACAACAAGAUUUCUAUUUCAGUAAUAUUGUUUUAGCGUUUAACAGAAGGACAUAUUGUAUCACUCCCACAAGUACUAGCCAAGUCUUUGUUGAAUAUCCCAAGAGUCGGAACUCACAGGCCUCAGGUCAUAAAUGUUUUGGUACCCAUUGUUGUUUUUAUUAAAUAAGUUUUUAAUGACAUUUCAGCAUGAGAAGUGUAUCCAUGACCCAAAUCCAUGGAGCCCAAAGGCGUUAUCCUCGCACUAUUUUUGGCAGCCGUGCAUUGGGAAACAAUGGGGGAAAAAAGAAAGGAAACAACCUUUCUUUCCUUCUUCCUCACAAUUGCAUUUUCCUAAGACAAGUUGUCAGAAUAAAUGACAUCAAAAACCUGAAACAGAGCAAAUGAUGUAUUAUAGUUCUGGGAAUACAAUUUCCACGAUUAUAACAAAGAUAUUUAGGAUGGGUCUUUUUUAACGCUUCUGUUUGUGAUACUGCUUUAAACAAAAUACUUUUUGGUCACGUUAUGAACCUGUGCUGUUGAGCAGACAGAGACCCAGACCAAGCUGUAGGAAGAACAAAAACAAGUGCCAAACCAUUCCAGAAAGCGCCACAGUGGAUGCUGGUUUUAGUUCCAACCAAUCAAGUUUAACCAAGCAGGUAUCAGCUGAAACAAGCAGCACCAGACUAACAACUGUUUACAGACACCUGACUGGUGAAACUAUGUGUGUUUGUUUGGUUGAAACAAAAAAUAAACUAACUAACUGCGGGAGUUGAAGACCGGUUUGGACACAAAACAAAGCAUUUCCAUUUGUGAUUUGAAAAAAUUAAACAAAUGGACUUGUUAUGCUUUAUUUAGUUUCGGCCUUGUUCUUGGACUCUGUGUUCUCACCGUCUUGACUACAAAAUUAUAAACCAUUGAUGAAAAAAAAAGUUAAUUUUACUUGUUCCAGAGACCAAUCAGUACUUUACUUCCACUAAUACACACAAAAUGUGAAUAAUAAUUAUUAUUAUUAUUAAAAAAAAUAUAUAUAUAAUGAUAAUAAUACUGUAAAAAAAACAUCCUCAAUAACAGUGGUUCAAAUCAUGCUUCAAUGACAAGCUCAGACCCAAAUCACGUAGAGAGAAGGCCUCCACCGAUAAGGACUCAACAAAACCUCAUCAAUUGGAAUCGUAAACUCAUCCAUUGUUAUUUUUUAAAAACAAAAGGGGUGUUUUUGUGUUCCCCUUCAUGUUGUUUGCCCCUUUAUCUCUUAAUAUACCAUGAAGCACAGGUAUAAAAACCAAUGCUUCCUAGUUGGAGCUCUCUUGACGCUCAAGCAUACCAGCUUAGACCCAUAGAACUCAAACGGAACUCCAUGGAGCUGAAAAUUUCCUUUGCUGCCAUCGUCAUGUGGACCUUCCUUGUGCAGAGAAAUUGCUCCUGCAAGUCCCAGUGCCACCCACACGUCUCACACAAAUGAGUAAGACAGCUUUGUUACGCCUGUGGGUUCCUUCAUUUCAAAUGCAAACUGCUGCACACUCCUCCAAAACAAUGCGCUUCAUACCAAGUAAAAGCAGAAGUAUGAGCGCUGAGAUGAAUUGAAAAGCAUCAUUGAUCAGUUACAUCUUUUCAUUAAAUUCACAAUACCCAGUCAGAGUGGUAAAUGGGAUUCGAACUGGGCCACAAAUACCUGACCAGCAAUAACAUAUGACUAUCAGUCGCAGGGAAAACUCUUCAGAGAUCUAGAAAUUUCAUUUGGAAGGUCUGUGUGGGUUGCUGAACUAACCCUAAAAUACAUUUAAAAAAGGGAACUUGUGACUUUUGGAAAGAAUGGCUACAGAGAAGAUGAAUAAGCAACGCCAACAUAGUCGUCCUCCAAACUCAAACAAAACAUCCAGGGUGUGUUUUGUUUUCAUUUAUUCAUUUUCUUAUCAGAACACACAUUUCAUUUUCACACUUUCUGAAGGCUAUUCCACCCUGUAAAGCAACCCAAGCAACUCAGUAAGACUCUUAACAGUACAAGGGCAAUGCAAGCAGGUUUGGCUGCAGACUCUGGGUAGAAGUGUCUUUUCCGUGGGAAGCUAGUAUGUUUAACACGUGCUUGUGAUGAGCUCCAGUUCUCUCCUAAAAUAUAACACUCACAGAGAGGUUAGAGACAGGUGAGUGUCUCUGCGCCCUUCUGAGACAGUGAAUAUCAAAUAAGAAAGAAGAUCACUGUCACCAAAAAAUUGUCUGUCCGUUGUUAGCAUCUAAUUUAUACUCAUCAUUUCUGAAUGUUGAUGCAUUAUUGCUAACCAAUAAACACCCACUAAUAUACAUAUGCAACAUUAGCCAAGUUCAAUUGUCCUGUUUUUCAGAGAAACAGGUGAAUAGCAAAUCAAAAGUGAGGUCGACAUGUGCAGGAUGUACACUCUAUUCCAGCCGAGUUCGUCGGGAAUUCACGACUGAAACAUGAAUGACAAUCACUCACUGAUGGCAACAGACAGACGCUUUGUCACAUUGUUUAACGUGCAUAUGUUUGAAACGCCGGGAUGAGAUUAUAUGAUUUGAGCAGUGCAGAUAAAAAGCCUGUGAUUUGAUUUGGGAGCGAUGUUUACACAGCCUGAAUUCCGUGCUGAAUCCACACAAGUCAAUGGUGUUUUAUUUUGUGUUUGCAUCAUUAACUGGCGACAUUUUUCUGUGUGAUCGACAUCACGUUUCACCGUAUCCUGCAACGAUCUCAAGAAAACAUGCAACUAUCCUCGGCCUUGAAUAUUGAAUGCAGCACUCUGUGAGUCAGUCAGUUACUAUAAGCGCUGAUGUGCAGCAACCUUUGAGAGUCGGAACUGUUCUGUCUCACCCCCACCAGGGAUUCGGUUCUGAAUAUUAGAUAAUUGCAACCAGAGAGGUUUCAUAUAAAAAACAUGGCCUCUGCUAAGAGGAGGAUCUUCAAUGCAGUCUGAUGGAUGUUCAAGCCAUCGUCCUUUUUUAUUGCCAUGGAAGAAAAUAAAAUCAGAGGUGCAUGAUUAUGGCAGAGUAAAUGUCACCAGAGUUGUUAGACGUCCCCGUGAACAGAAAUAUGGUCGAUGACCACCUAACUGACAAAACCACCACUAAAACAAAAUCCCUUUUGAGCCCUUUACGACUACGGCUUUUGUCAUCAUGAAGGUGGGAAUAUUAGAGUUUGAACUUCCUCACUUCAAUUUUCACUUGGUCAUUGUCACCACACCAAAAUGGAUCCCGUUGUUUGUAAGUUAGACAGAUGCAAUGAUGCAUUGUAGCAAUGAAGCGGUGAGGUUUUUUUGGUUGGUUUGUUUUUGCUGAGCUGUCACGAGCAUGACUGUGAAGAGAGCUCUGUACUCAUGACAGACCUGAGAUUGAUUUCCUUGAGGAAUGAAUAGAAGCUACACCCCAUCUUUCAGUUCAAGUCAAACAAUUACAGCAGGAAACACAGCCUUGUUUGUUUGUCGUCUGAGUCGAGGUGUUUUUUCCGGGCCACACUCGUGUCUCCGUCUCAGAUGCUUCAGCGCUCUCACCCUGAUUUCUCUGUUUCUACCUUCUGUUUUUCAUUUCUUUUGUUCAUUUUGCUGUACAAAGUGAAUUCCUAAAAUCAUUGUUGAGUAGAGGAUGUUGGGGUUUUAUAAGAAUGUGUUAUGCAAGAACAUUUUGAUGUUAUUUGUGUGCCGCACUUUUGCUACAAAACAUAACGCUGUGAGUGUGGUACUGUGGUGAUUUGCUACUCGGGCAUCUGAUGAGCAAACAAAGAUUUCUUGUGCCGUCAGUUGCACGCCGCCGUCCAACGCGCGUUUGGGGAUCUAGAAGCUGUUGGUUAAACAAGCAGACAUGCCUUACCGUUUUUAAGAAAAAAAAAAAAAAAAAAAGAAA